GAAGGGUCCUGGGUUGUAGUAAUAAAUGAUGACACGGAUCAUUUGAAACUUGAAAAAUCUCGUCCAUCAACGUGAAUCAAGAAUCCAACAAGCAAUAUUCAUCGUGUGGCAUUCCAUCAUUCUUCUAUAGUCAACAGGAACUACGACCUCCAAGAGGAUGGCAGGUCUAGAUACCGAAAGGAUGAAGUUGUGCGUCGAGCUCAUGGUUCGAGACGGGUGGCUGUACGAGGGAUUGCAAAUUGCCUUGCGUUGGGAACAGGAAGGGGUUUAUGGUGAGUCUCAAAUAGGUGGCGCUUCCUCUACUUCAGCCGCAUGUGUCUUGAACAGAACGACCUGUUUGCAGGAUGAAAUGCGCAAUGCGAAAAUUCAAACAACCACUAGCAAGAAAGUUUCGAAGCAAGAAAUCAUCGACAAUUUGAUUCUUUUUUGCCUAUUAAGCGCUCCAAACGCAAAUGCAGUGGCAAAUGCCUUAGCACAAGAGUGGCAACCAGCGCAACUAGGGCGAUUGACCGUGGCAGUCUACAGGGGUUGGCAAGCACUGGCGAAUACAACGACUCGUCUUACGACAGCCGGAGAGGUUGUAUCAUCUGAAGGGCACAUCAGGCAGAACAACAAUAGUAAAAACACAAGUAGCAUCCAUAAAUAUCAAGGACCACUAGUACCAUCCUCCAAUCUCAUCUCUAAAAGACAGCAUAGCAUUCUCUUUGAUUGGCAUGAAGGUCUCUUGCGAAAGUCUGGACCAGGUGCGAUCCUCAGGGCUAUGUUUCAUCGACCCGCUAUCUCUGAGAAGGAUGCUGUGAAUAGGCUGAUUCUUGGAUGAUUGAAGAGGAACGACUGAGUAAGUUUAAUAAGAUCAACAGUUUGGCGUUGCUGCAAUACUAG